AUAUAUAUAUAAACUCUUUUAUUAAUCCAUUUAAGACGGACUGAGGCGAAAAUAUGGGGAUAAUAAUCGAGUGAUUGACACUUACGAACUAUUGACUAUCAGUGAUAAUAUUUUUUAUUUGCAUCUGCACUAACAGAAAAAUUAUCAUCCUGUCACCAUAUAAUUUCUCAAUUUUGUUGGUGACUUGAAUACAUCUUUUUAUGAACACCAUGGCUUCCGAUGAGGAUUGUAACACAACAUUUGGAUACGGGAUCAUGGAAGACACCACGCCGUCCCCGACGACAACGAAUCCUUAUUCAUCCUGUAUAUCUCCAUCGAAUUCACCAUCCCCAAUGCUACCUCAACAAUACCCCAUGCAUCUUCCCUCCAGAUGCGAGUAUCUAGAACAGGAGAUGGUGCCCACCACUCAAGGUCUUCCGCAAGUUAUGUCCAAGACCCAAGAGAUGUGGGAUAUGCCGCAAAAUAUGUACCCAGAGUAUAGGAACUUCGAUAACACUAGAUUUCCGACAGUCGAUUAUACGAGGAGCGCCGCGUACAUCGAUAACAUGUCGGGCUUCGCUCAAACGCGACCAAAUUAUGGACAGAAGAUGGGUGGACAGGGACAGAAGACGCCGAAGGAGGCGCGGAUCAGGCGACCCAUGAACGCUUUCAUGGUAUGGGCGAAGGUCGAGAGGAAGAAGCUUGCCGACGAAAAUCCGGAUCUCCACAACGCGGAUCUCAGCAAGAAGCUUGGUAAAAUGUGGAGAUCGUUGGCACCUUCUGACAGACGACCUUACGUUGAAGAAGCGGAAAGACUACGAGUAAUCCACAUGACUGAGCACCCUAAUUACAAGUACAGGCCUCGACGCAGGAAACAUAAUAAGCAACGACCACCAACGGGACCCGGGGCGAGGGUGGGAACAUCCAUGCCCAGCCCAGGACUUCCGAACAUGUCCCCCAGGUAUACAGGCUACAUUCCUAACGCUAGCCUACCAUCCAACGUGCCGCAGAACAAUUUCAACAGUAUGGAGUACAACAACCAAAACAACAACGAUUUCCAGGAGAAACGUUACAGUCCGGUCGGCUUCCAGAACAAGUACAAUCAGUACAGCUAUCAGAAUUACCCGGCUUCCUAUGCCGACAAAAGUCCUUACUCUCUGCACACCCCCGACAUCUCGCCGACGCAUUCCCCCGAGCCCAAGUCGUUGGUAAAGACAUCCAAAAGCCCUAGCCAAGAGCAAAAGGAUUCUUCCGAGGAGCCCGUCCUGCCUACGCCAGAGCUCUCGCCGUUGGAGCAGGAGCAGUUCGAGGAGAAGCCGAGGUUGUCAAACAUUCAACACAGCUCUAAUAUGUCGAACAAUCUGAGCCCAACACAGAAUCAGAACUUCAGGGUGCAAAACUACCGUCAGCCCAGCUCUGUUAGCUACACCAGCGCACAAGCGAUCACAUCAGUUCCUAUGGCAAAUGGAAUGUAUGUCAUGUGCGCCAACAAAAGCAGUGUGGAGCAAGGACACGUCGUUACAGGAACGUUCUAUCCUCCUGUAGCCACAUCCCAAGAUCAACAACUUCUAGGCUCAGGCCAUCAGAAUAACUUGAACACCAUGGCAAAUACUACAAGCACAGUCCACUACUACUCCGCUGCAAAUCUGCAACAGUACUACGCCAAGGACUACUACAAAAACCCAGAGAUGCAUGGCAUGAUGGAACAGCAGGAAAUGCCCAAACAGGAUUACAUUUCAUACGGCCAGAAACCCACCGAGAUGAUCUUAGACAAUAAGCAAGAAUAUGAUCUCAGCAUACCGUAUCAAAGCUACGGCGUGCAGAAUUACCCUCCGAUGCAACAGCAGCAGCAGCAGCAACAACAACAGCAACAACAACAACAACAACAACAACAACAGCAGGUUGAAGAACGCAGCGAUGUCGACAGCGACGUCGACACCAGAGAGUUCGACAAGUAUCUCAAAUUCACCAACCAGGAGUCCAACAUCAUCGACUCAAAUCACAACUAUCACAGCAGAAACGACGUGAUCAAUUCGAAUAUGACAUACAACUUCCAAACUCAACAUCCUUCCGUUAUCCUGCCCAACACCAACGUCAAGCCGGAGCCCAAUUUGCCACACUAUCCCGACUAUCCACAUGAGAUAGUCGCGAACGGCGUGCAAAAGAACGAGGACGACUUCAGUGAAAUCCUCGCCGACGUCCGAAAAACGUGUUACAGCAAUUAACGCGCCAACGAUUAGUGAUUUCAAAUUGGUGUAAUUAUAAUGUGCAAUAAACUGUGUGAACCACAUAACAAUGGAACUCUGCGUUGUGACGCAAAAGUUAAUGACACGGUACAAGAAAAAAAAGAGAAAGAAAUUAGGAAGCGCCUCUUACUUUCCUUCUAGAUUGUUUUUUGUUUCUUCUCCCCAAUCAAACAACAGAAGAAAACUAAAAGAACAGUCUCUUCCUACCGUGCAUACACUUUGAACAAUGCCUCCACGACAUCAAUAUUGAACAAGAACAUGUAGAUGUGAUAAGGUAACUUUGAUCUUGAUGGCCAGUAAAAUGCGGUGACUUGUUCAAUUUUCUGGAUCAAUCUAGUAGCAGGAUAAGCCGAAAACAAGACAAGAGAUCGUUUUUGUUACUACCUUCCUUCUUCCUCGUGCAUUCAUAUUUAUUUCGCCCGUGUAUACGCAUACAGUCGCAACGCACCGAUCCUAAUCUACUUCGCGUCGUUCUUCUUGGCACUUUUAUUUUAAUUUUAAAUACAUUCCCGCUGACGUCAGUGUAUUAAAAAAAAAACAACAUUAACUUAAGCAAAUUUACAUAACCAAACCGCACCGAAAUGUGUGUAAUAAUAUUUUUUUGGUAUAUCUAUGCGUGGAGAGUCAAAAUAAAUGGAACAAUCAUGCGAACCAAAAUAAAAAAAAACUAUCUCUUUUUCUUGAUUUGAAAUACUCCAAAUAAGUUAAAAAUUGACAAAAAAAAAAAUGAAAAUUAAAUAUUUUAUG